AUGGGGGACGUUCUGGAGGAAACCCACUCAAGCCAGGAUGACUCCCAACCGCUUCAUCCAACCCCAGAACACCGGGAGGUCACGAACCAGGCGAGAAUAGCAAGUACUGUCCGCCACGCGAACGAUCACGUCAUCGCAGACCAACGACAUCCUGAGAAAGCCAGGGACAAAGCGGCACAGAUCAUCCAGGACCUCUGCCUCCGGGUCCAGGAGCUCGAAGGCAAACUGACUAAUAGAGAAAAACACAACAACGAACGUGGAAGCCAGGCAACUUCCAGAUCAAGAUCUCACCGCGGCAGGUCACCAACCCGACGACACGAUAGGAGAGACGGUCGCAGUGCCUCACGCGACCACGGUCACGAGAAAUCUCCGGAACGGCGAUACAACAAGAAACACAACCGCAGCGCUUCCCGAGAUCUAAGUCGUCAACACGACUCAGACGAAGAUCGGAGGUACCGAAAUACCAAGCGCACAAGAAACGACCACACAAUAAUGGGAGCUACACCCUUCACAGAAAGAAUCUUAAGAGCAAAACUCCCCAAAGGUUUCGACAAACCUACCGACAUGAAAGAACCAAGACGUGCGGAAAGAGACAGGUCGCCGGAAAAAGACGGGCGUAACCCGAGAACCCAAAAGCAACCCCCCAGGGAAAGCCCAGAAGACGACCCGACCAUCAUCGUAAACAUCAUCACGGGCAAGGACAUAUCGAGCAAGUCGAAACUAACGAUGAAAAAAGAUCUCAAAGUAAUGGCGGUCAGAAACCAGACUCCAACCAUCGCGGCCGACAACACGAUAACCUUCUUACCAGAGGAUUGCCAGCACGGCACCUCGGCCGAAGAUUCCCCCUUCGUCAUCUCGACUAGAAUCGGAACAGGACUAGUACGAAGGAUACUGGUGGACACCGGGGCAGACUCGAACAUCCUCUUCCGAGGAGCCUUCGAUAAGCUCGGGCUCCACAACGACAACCUCCAAACACACCGCAACGGUGUCACGAGACUCGGAGACAACUUUCUCAAACCAGAUGGCUCAAUGACCCUUCCCAUCACCAUAGGAACAAGCAACCAAAAGAAGACAAUCUUAUCUGAAUUCUUUAGAUCCGACGACGGCUCCGUCGGUACCAUCCACGGGGACCGAGAAGUCGCAGCCGAAUGCGAGAACACCAGCCUAGCCCUAAGGAAGAAAUCCCGAGAUGCGGCCGGGGUAUUCCUAGCCGAUCUGGAUGCUCGGCAAGACGACCAACCCAGGCUAAAGCCAGAAGGAGACAUGGAAAAGCUACAAAUAGGGCCAAGCAAAGAGGAAUACACCUUCAUUAAUAGGAACCUCCCAUAUGAUCUCAAAGAAGAACUCUCCCAACUCUUGAAGCAAAAUAGAGACUUGUUCACAUUUACACCAGCCGACAUGCCGGGAAUAAACCCCGACCUAAUGUCCCACCGGCUAGCCGUGGACCCCAAAGCUAAACCCAUAGCACAAAGGAGGCAAAAAAUGUCACCAGACCGAGCCGCCGAGGUCAAGAAGCAAGUCAAAGCCCUACUCGAAGCCAACUUCAUCAGGGAACUCCCUUACACGACCUGGUUAGCAAACGUCGUGCUAGUGAAAAAAUCUAACGGGAAAUGGCGAAUCUUCAUGGACGCAUAUUUCGGCUACAACCAGAUUCUGAUGCACCGACCAGACGAAGAAAAAACAGUGUUCAUCACCCCAGACGGGACAUACUGCUACACAGUAAUGCCCUUCGGCCUGAAAAACACUGGAGCCACCUAUCAAAGACUCGUCAACAAAAUAUUCCAAAACCUGUCCGGAAGCAAACUAGAAGUCUACAUAGACGACAUGCUCGCUAAGACUGAAUCCGACGAACAACUCACCGACGACCUCAAGGUCAUAAUGAACACCCUACGAAAGCACCAAAUGCGACUCAACCCGGCAAAAUGUGCCUUCGGGAUGGAGGCAGGGAAGUUCCUCAGCUUUAUGAUCACGCAACGCGGAGUUGAAGCAAACCCGGAGAAAUGUCGCGCCGUCCUCGAAAUGACGAGCCUAAAAAACCUCAAAGAAAUCCAAAAGCUCACCGGCCGAUUGACGGCGUUAUCACGCUUUCUCGGGGCAUCGGCUCAAAAAGCGAUCCCUUUCUUCAAACUAAUGAAAAAAGGAUCCCCUUUUAAAUGGGAGACGGAGUGUGAAGAAGCAUUCCAGCAUUUCAAGAAAGUCCUAGCGGAACCACCAAUCCUCGCCAAACCCCAAACAGGGGAAACACUCUACCUGUACCUCUCCAUUACGGAAGAGGCACUCGCAGCAGCACUCAUCCGUGAAAACAUGAGAAAGGAACAAGAACCUAUCUACUUCAUAAGCAAAGUCCUGCAAGAAGCGGAAACUCGCUACUCAGGCCUAGAAAAAUUAGCUUUUACACUCCUCACGGCUUCCCGGCGCCUGCGACAAUACUUCCAGGCCCACCCCUUGACAGUCCGAACCGACCAGGCGGUCAAACAAGUACUACAAAAACCCGACCUUGCGGGAAGAAUGUUAGCAUGGUCCAUCGAACUAUCUCAAUUCCAAAUCAAGUUCGAACCCCGGUACGCGAUCAAAGCACAGGCCAUGGCCGACUUUAUCGCCGAGAUGACCCCAGGAAACUCCACCCCCGAAUCGUGGAAACUACAUGUUGACGGCUCAUCGAACGUCACCUCUGGAGGUGCCGGAGUCAUUCUCGAAAGUCAGAACGGAGUCAUAAUCGAAAAAUUAGUACGAUACGAAUUCCCAGUCUCAAACAACCAGGCAGAAUACGAGGCCCUCCUGGCAGGCCUAGCCCUAGCUUGGGAAGUCGGAGCAAAGGUCCUAGAGGUAAACACCGACUCACAGGAAGUCAUCAAGUCACCCUCCGUGUCAACGACAACCAACACUCAUCUGACACUCUCGAACCAAGGAUCUUGGACCUACCCUAUCCUACAGUACCUCUUUGACGGAACACUGCCGCCGGAUCCCAAAGAGGGAAAACGAAUAAAACGGGAAGCCGCCAACUAUACCGUUGUCGCAGGACAGCUAUACAAACGCGGAUUCUCGCAACCCCUGCUCAAAUGCGUCGAACCCGAGAACACGGGGUACAUACUCCACGAAAUCCACGAAGGUUGCUGCGGCCACCACAUCGGAGGCAAAACAUUAGCCCAAAAAGUCAUCAAGGCAGGCUACUUCUGGCCCACAGUUAUCCGAGAUUCCAUACAAAUAGUUAAAAGCUGCGACAAAUGCCAAAGGCACGCAAAUAUCCACCAAGCCGCCCCACACCAGCUCAGCAUCAUAUCGGCAGAACGGCCAUUCGGCACCUGGGGGAUCGACCUCGUCGGACCCUUCCCUACGGCACCCGGUCAACUCUGGUAUCUCAUCGUCGCCAUAGACUACUACACCAAGUGGAUCGAAGCCGAACCCCUAGCCUCCAUAACGGCAGCCCAAUGCCGACUACGCGUAUCUCACCGUUUCAGCUCGGUAGAACACCCCCAAACAAACGGACAGGUGGAAUCCGCAAACAAAAUAAUCGUCAAGGGACUCAAGAAGUGGCUCGACGAAGCCAAAGGACUAUGGGCCGACGAGCUCGGAUCGGUCCUAUGGUCAUACCGAACCACACCGCAAACGACCACAGGAGAAACCCCCUUCCGAUUAACAUACGGCGUGGAGGCAGUCAUCCCGGUAGAAAUCGGAGACCCAAGCCCCAGAAAAACGGUCGGCGGUAACGACGAGGAAGCAGAACGAUACCUCAUUGACGAGGAAAGAAGCAUAGCUCACAUCAAAGAGCUAGCCCUAAAACAGAGAAUCAGCUUAAGAUACAACCAUGGCGUCGUCCAACAAGAAUUCGCGACCGACGACCUCGUCCUACGACGAAACGACAUCGGUCCCCCGAUCCCAGGAGAAAGAAAACUCACCCCCAACUGGGAAGGACCAUACAGAAUCAAGGCGGUAAUCGGAAAGGGAGCAUAUAAACUCGAACGACUUAACGGCGACGAAGUCCCAAGGACCUGGAAUGCCGCCAAUUUACGGCGAUACUACACUUAG